GAUGGCAAUUCUACUGUUUAUUUUUGCAAGAUGUGGCAGUUCCAUAACUAUUUGGAAAAUGUCAAAAUUGGGGUUUUUUGGAGUUUUCAUAGUACCUAAAGUUUGUUCUUCUUAUUCUGCACAGUUAACUGCCUAUGGUACAUUUUGGAUUAGACGUUUUCGAGAUGCUUGGGAAAGUUGUACUCACAAGAAAGCUGUUGCAUUUGCAAUAUUCACAGUUAUAUGGAAUUUAUCUUCAAUUUCUGCUAGAAUUUGGGGAGUUUUUAUGUUAUAUGUUGGAUUUAGGUAUUACCAACAAAAAAUGAUAAAAGAAGGAUGGAUAGAUGAAGAUGAAAUUACAAAAUCAGAGGAUUAUUGGCGAGAAAGACAAAAGAGAAUUGGGAGAAAAAAGCAAAAGAAAACAAUUUAAAAAGGAAAAAAAAAGAGAGUUAAUUAAUAUUUUAAAGAUAGAAUUACAAUCUUAAUUUCUUAUUAUUGUGUAUAUAGUUGUUUGUCUUAGUAAAUAAAAUUGUUGGAGUUUUGUGGCUUCUAUUGCCUAAUAAAUCUUUUAUAAUUCAUUUUCA